UUUUCGUAGGGUAGUCAUUCAAAUUUUUAAGAUCACAAAUUCAGUAAAAAAAGUAUAAAAUUUGACAAAAGACAAUGCAAAUUCGGUACUUCGCUAAUUCAGUAUAAUAUCGUAAAUUCAACAAUGAAUCCUAUUUUGUAAAACCGUAAUAUAAAUAGUCCAAACAUGACAUAAGAUCUUACAUAAGUGAAAGACUACAUCAUUACGAUACUAUUCUAGAUCCUUCACUUUGCGCUUUCUCAUGGCCAUGAAAGACUCGAUUUAAUCCACUCCCACUUUCUAUUUCACCCAACUCAAGUGUAGUCUUAAGUUUUUAAGAUCUAACAUCUCGAAGCAUGUCACGACGCUUACAAAAAACUCCAAUAAUAUUCAGCUAGCGAGAAACUUGUCCAAAGAAAAUAGCACAACCAACAUUCCCCUUGGCAACAACAACAAGAAUCAAUUGGAGUUGAUGUACAAAACAAUAGAUGUAAUAAGCAGAAGGAGACUCUUUCAUAAUCAAUAUUUUCAGCUCAUUAAUCUCUCCUUUCAUAUUACUAGCUCCAUCAUAUCCUUGCCCACGAAUUUAACUAAGAGUUAAGUGGUGACCAACAAGCAGAGACUGAAUUGCUGCCUUAAGUGACAAAGAACUGGUAUUGGCUACAUAAACUACUCAAAGAAACCUCUCACACACCCUUCCAAAUUUAUCAACAUAACGCAAACAAAGAGCUAGUUGUUCUUUAUGUGAUAUAUCACUAGACUCAUCAGCUAGAAUUGUUCUUUAUGUGGUUAUUGUUUUUGAGUUUGAGCAUGUUUUUCAGCUGCAGUUUUCUUUGUCUUUGCUUCAUGUUUCUGGAAAAGCGAAGCAAUAUCUUCCUACCUCUUCAUCUAUGUGAAACAACCCUGACUGAAGCCAAUUAUUCAGAAAAAAUGAUAGUAGCUAUGAGACGCAACAUAAAAGAAAGAUGUUAACCGGCUGUGAGAGUGAAGUGGCUGAGGCUAGAUGAUCACGGGAGUUCAAGAUAUAAUCGUUGCAGACUUGCAGUCCUAGAGAUUUUUUAAGUUGUUGUACUGUAAGAAAAAUAGAGACAUGGUUAACCCAGGAACAAAAUGAUGUGUAUUAACCCAGCAAAAAAAAUAUAGACAUGUGUAUUAACAUGUUUUGCCCAUUGGUUCAAAGAAGUAUGAUUAACCCAGGAAUAUCUCAACGGUUCCAUACGAUCAAACGUGAAAACGAUGGAAUGGGGUUGCGGAUGGACCGAUGGUCAAUGGAGUGGACAUACUCACGUACCUGGUGGCCGGUGCUGCCGGAUGGACUGAUGGAUCGAUUGUCGGACGUACUCACAUUUCACGUACUGGGGCUGUGGAUGCCUGAUGGGCGAUGCAAUGGAUUUUACAACCAGGCUAACUAACUUUUAAUCGGACUGGGCUGAACCAGGGUAGUCCCGGGCCUACCAGGACUACCCUGUGGGUCCGCCCCUGGUCUUCAGAAGCUCUUCCUUUUGUUGCUUAUAUGUUUCACUGGUGUGGGCAGCUCAACCUCUAAGGUUCCGUCUCAGUGCACCAAGUUUGUUUGUCUAUUUUUGAAUUAGUGUAUGUUCUUUUUUCGUUUGAUUCCAUACCUCCUUUACUCGAUUCGCAAACCCUUCGCGAGCUAGCUAUCUCAGUUCUAGCAUAAAGGGUCUGUACCUGCCUUGAGGUAUUGAGUCCCAGGUGCUAAGGAGAAUAUUUUUGUUCCCAUUAUAUGAACAUUAGUAUCUGAUCGAAUUUCUCGAAGGUGGGUUUUUGAAGGUUAUUGGACCAUGUGUAUUGAUAGCCAAUCAUCCAUUUUUCUAAGAUUCAAACAGUCAGUUAUAACAUUAAACGAGGAUGACCAUCGAUUUGAGAAUCUAUCGUUAAUUUUUUCACCUAAAUCUUAAAAUGUUAAUGUCCCCCAUCAACAAAACGAGGGUUAUUACGGCCGGGGUUGACAAAGUCUUCCAAAAACUUUGGCGUGUUAAUUCCUAGCGCUGGUGAAAGAUACACGAACUCUGACCACUUUGCAGCUGUAAGAAGGGAACGCAUCGCCAUGACCUUCUGAUCUCGACGCUUAUGCUGCUCCGUCGUAGUGGUUCUGCACAGCACGAUUCAGCAUAGAAAAGCUUAUUUGUUUGAGAAAAAAAAACCUCAAGAUCGCUAAGCACGCGCUUUCCAUUUACAGGAAAGAUUUAUCUAAAUGUCUAUUGAUUUGGAACCUUCACAGCUUUUUGAGCUUUUGUUUAGUUGUUUGCGAAGUUUUGCAGAUUGCUAUGAAUCUUUGAUUCAAAGAAAUCUAAAUCCAUGGGCUAUAUUAUGUGGUCAAUUGAAGAAAUAUAUUAGUUCCCCUCGAUGCCAUAACUCAUCAAAAUAUAUGUGCUUUAUUUACUCCCACGGUCUCUGCUGGACUAGAGGAACGUACGAUAGAAAACUAGAAAUAUCCUGAGAAUUUCCUACGAAAUCCUUGCGUCUCGGGGCCAGCAUUUUGCUUUCCUGGAAGCGAACUGAUAGCAAAGUGCUCUCUGCCUCUGCAAGACAAGGACAAGAUGGGAUUUAAUAAUAGCCAAGCAGCAAGAAAAAAUAAUAAUAUCCAAGUAGGAAACAGUAUACUGAAAGUGCAGGUACAUCGAGCUAGCUGAAGAGCAACAGUGCAACACACUGCCCGCUCUGUCGUUUUGUGAAAGGGGGCAAGAAGAGAACAUGGAGGAAGAGGGGAGGAGAGGGACUCCUUCUCUGCUGAAGCCGCCAUCGCCGCCUGAAACCGAAGCUGGUUCUCUGCAGGAACACAUCGCCUGUGAUAUUACCGAGCUUGUAGGAUGGACGCCACUGGUAGAACUGAAAAGAAUCACCAAGAAGGACGAGGUCAACGCCCGGAUUGUUGGCAAGUUAGAGUCAUACCAGCCUCUCUGCUCCGUCAAGGACCGCAGCGCUCUGAGAAUGAUUGAAGAUGCAGAGGAGAAAGGGCUGAUCUCACCUGGUUCAACAACGCUAGUCGAGCCAACGAGCGGCAAUAUGGGGAUAGGUCUGGCGUACAUUGCUGUGAUCAGAGGUUACAAGUUCGUUGCAGUCAUGCCUGCUGAGUACUCUCUUGACAAGCAGAUCUUGCUGACAUAUCUGGGAGCCGAUGUGGUGUUAACCGAUCCUACACUUGGCUUCCAGGGGCAACUUGACAAACUGGAACAACUCAGGAAUGAAAUACCCAAUAUGCAUGUUCUUGAUCAGUUUGCAAACGCAGCAAAUCCUGAAGCACACUUUACAUGGACUGGACCUGAGAUUUGGAAGGAUACGGCAGGCAAAGUAGAUAUUUUUGUGGCCAGUUCAGGCACGGGAGGUACUGUUUCUGGUGUCGGAAAAUAUUUGAAGAUGAAAAACCCAGCUGUGAAGGUCAUUUGUGUUGAGCCUGCUGAGAGUCCAGUCAUUUCAGGUGGCAAGCCUUCUCGGCACAAAAUUCAAGGAGUUGGUCCAGGAUUUGUACCCAAGAACUUGGACAUGUCACUCAUCGAUGAGAUCAUUGUGGUAACCGCAGAAGAUGCAAUGGCGAACGCGAGGAGGCUGGCCAGGGAAGAGGGCCUGCUCGUUGGCAUAUCAUCUGGAGCAAAUUUGGCAGCUUGCCUCGAGGUGGCGUCAAGAGAAGAGAACAGGGGGAAGAUGAUUGUCACCAUGUUUCCCAGCGGUGGCGAGAGAUACAUGAACUCUGACCUCUUUGCAGCUGCAAGAGAGGAAUGCAUCGCCAUGACCUUCUGAUCUUGAUAGUUAUGCAGAUCUGUAAUAGUGGUGUGGAAAGAUUCAGCACAAUAGAAGCUAUUUUUUUU